AUGCAAAGACAUCCUGUGCACCUCCUGGCAGUCAUCCUGAAGGACUUCCUCCGAAACACCCAGUUCAAACUCCUCAAUAUAGAGCUCUAUGAGAAGUGGAUGAACACCCUGCAGAAGACCAGCAGGCAGGAGAAGCUGACAGGACUGAGACCACCUCUUGCUGCUGUGGGAUUGGAUUUUGGGGAAUUGGCACCAAAAAGAUUUCUCUCCUUGGAACACCUCCUGAAGGAAUUGGAGGUUUCUUCAUGGAGGGACUCUUGCCGGAAGGGCAGGGAGGGAGGUGGCAGUAUCUCAGCAAAGGCCAUCCAUCUGCUGCAGACCUGGGUGGCCAACAAGUUGCCAGCUGCCAUCCUCCUCCUGAAGCGCUUGCUCUCCCUGCUCUAAAACAUCAUCAAAAAUGCCGACACAAGCAGGAUGACUGACAGCAACCUGGCCAUCUGUGUGGAGCCAAAUCUACUGAGCCCAGCUGAGGAGCACAUGCUUCCCCUGCAAGUGCUCAUGCAGGUGACUGGGAAGGUGAUGGGCCUGGUGCUGUCCCUCAUUGAGAACAGCGAGGAACACUUUGGAGAGGAGAGGGUUGGACUUGCCAGUGCACCAGCCAAGGAGUCACCACCACAGGUAGUUGAAGCAGAAACAGCAGAG